AGGCAGUGAGUAAGAGAGAGAAAAGAGUUGCACCCAGGCAGACCAAGUGAGGAGCGUGUGUGUGCAAACUGGGAUGAAUAAAUGCACUGGAAGGCUUAGCUGGUGAUACAGCCAGAGAGAGAGAAAGAGAGAACGAGUGUGUGUGUGUGCACGAAAGUGAGUGAGAGAGAGAGAGGGUGAGACAGAAGAAGUGAAAGGGAAGGAAAAAGGGAAGAAAGAAGCAUAGAAGAGAAAGGGAGGAUACUACAACUCCAACUAUGCUGUGCUGCAUAAGAAGAACCAAACCGGUGGAGAAAAAUGAGGAUGCAGACCAGAAGAUUGAACAGGAUGGCACCCCCAACAAGCCUGAAGACAAGGCCCACAAGGCUGCCACCAAAAUACAGGCAAGUUUCCGUGGACACAUAACUCGGAAAAAGAUGAAAGAUGGCGAAGAAGAAAAGGAAGGAGACAGUCCUGCUGCAGAAGAGGCAGCAGAUGGUAAGGAGACAAAGAUGGAGGGAGAAGAGGCACCUGCUAAGGAGGAAAAUGCAGGGGAAGAGGUCAAAAAGGAGGUGGAUGAGACAAACAAGGCCAAAACUCCAGGAGCAGACAAGCCAGCUAACUCUCCUGCAGGCACAGCAAUGUCUCCCGUAGCAGCAGCCCCAGCUGUUGCUUCUCCCAUGGAUGCCACGGCCCCCUCUGAACCUCAGAAAGAAGAGCCGAAGGCUGAGGAGAAGCCCAAAGUGGUGGAAGCUCCAGCAGCAACACCCAAGAGUCCCACCACAGUUUCAGCCGAGGAGAAGAAGGAGGAGAAAAGUGAGGAAAAGAAGGAGGAGGCCAGAAAAACCGAUGUGCCUGCUGCUGUCAGUCCGACAGCUGAAAAGGAGGAGCCUAACCAAACAAAUGAUAAAAAAGAUGCUGCAGAGGAGUCUAAAGGGGAGGAGAAUGCCCACCCAGAUGGGGCUGCAGAGCCCUCCGAGUCCAAGGACGACUAAAGGCAAAGUCUUACCCACUGGAAAUCAGAAUUAAGAGAAAAUGAUGAAUAACACAAAAAUCUAAAAAGGUUGCUCUUUGCCUUCCCAAUGUCGAGGGCAGUCAGUUUUUAUUUGUUUGUCAUUUUUUGUGUGGCAAUGAUUUUCUCAUGUUGGGGGAGUUUCCAGCGUGAAGUUUUUUGGCUCAAGCUAAUAGCGUGAUGAUGAUGGUGAUGUCUGUAUUAUUGAGUAUGAAAUAUGAUUAUUACCUUCAUGACGAUAAUAAUGAGGAUGAUGUUGCAAAAGUUGAAAGCUUCAUUUGUAGUGUCUAUACUACUUAAUAUAAGUGAAACAUCCCCGGAUUGACUGCUUCCAGUUGAGCCACUCACACAUUUAAAAUGCAUUGCCAAUGCACCACGGUACAUUUGCAUUGUAAUGCACUUUUUUAAAACCCAUGUUGCAAAAACAAAACUUCGUUCUGCAAAUCCAUGCACAAAAGCAAGAUAGUUUUGAAAUGCAACUCCAGUUUUCAGCACCGCACAAGUGCAUUGAGAACACAGCAACACAUCAGAUGGAUACUAGAAUGUUUAUCUAAAUGUGUGAGUUUUCCAGUUGGGCAGUUGUAUUCCAAAUCCAAAAAUGAGACAUUAAAAUUACUGCUCUUUCUAUUCAGCUUGAGUCACUCAAGCCUGGUUUACACCCCUUUUACAAACUAUGUCAACCCACAUUUACAGUAAAGGACCUGUUGCCAUUAAAUCCUAUAAUAAACUAUAGAAAAUUUCUAAUGUAUUGAUGUAACUGGCUCUUAUAUAUAUUGACUUGUGUUCUGCCAAGCAAGGGUAAGAACAGUAGCAUGAACCAUGGAACCAGAUGCAUGAUGGGAACUCUCCCUCUGAGAGGAACUUCUUAAGAACUUAAGAAGUGUGGCGGCUUCUUUUUGAUGUCUUUGGUGUUGUUAUGACAGUUUCUAUGAAUUGGAAAAAAAAUUACUCUUGCACUGAUGUUACUGAAAAAAGAUACAAAUUCUGAAAAGGAAAAAUCAAAAGUACAAAAUUCUUUUCCUAUGUUCCAGUGAGUACAAUGUCCAGUUUCAACCUUAACAAAGAGUUCAAACUUGUGGAAAAAAUAAUGAAAAAAAAUAAAAAAUGGUUUCAAUGUCUGUUUUCAAAAUAAAGCAAAUGUGCCAAUUACCAUCCUAAA